AUGAAUACCUCAGUCAACGUUCCCACAAACCCUCAGCAGAGAGAUGCCGAUGUCGAUAACAAGCUGCGGCUAUACGGGAUCUUCAAUGCCUUCUCAAAUGGAAAACUCCCUUCGAACAGCCAGAUCGACGUUGCGCUCUCGUCUUUCGUCAACCACAAGAAGCUAAAGACCCCCAAUGGCAAGCUCUCGGACGAAGGAAGGGUGAUCUUGGAAGAUUUCCGCAACGUUGUCGAGGAGGCCAAGAGGCUGUUGCUUCUGAAGAACCACGACGAGGCUUUACAAGAGUUCAUCUGGCACGCUACCCAACUUGGACAGCAGGGUGUGCCAGCGGGAACCCCCAAUGCACCGGUCGAUAAGGACACCGCGAACAGAGAUAAGGAGCAGGGACUUGCUGGUCUGAAGACUUUGGGUCAAUUGAUCAUCACCAAUGGUCAAUUCCGCAAACUCCUCAACGACAGCGUCGUACUCCUCCGAAGUGUCGCCGGCGACGCCGCCACCAAAGCUGCGGGCCGCGUGAACCCCUCCCAGGAGGAGCUCGAAAACAUCGAUGCUCCCGCUGCCGAUCACGAGUGGCACGAUGCCCCCAACUUCUCGCGGGACAACCUGAAACAACAGUUCCGCGAUAAGGUCGACCGCAACAAGCCCGUCGACCGCAACGACCUUAGAGACGUCGCUGGCAACAUGACCCAGGCUGCCGAUCCUAACGGAUCUCGGGAUCCUCGGCAGACUGCCCAGCGUGCCGCUCAGGACCAGCGCCAGGGAACCAACUCUGGUGUCGACGUCGCGGGCGGCCUCCGCCAGGGCAUCAACGAUCUCCAUCAGCGUGCCGAAGAGAACAUUCCCGAGGACCAGAAACAGCGGGGCCGUGAGUACCGCGAUCGCACCAAGAAUUACUUCCACGAGAAGAUGCCCAAGGAUCGCCGAGAGCAGACCAUCUGGCGUCUCAAGAAGAUGGUCGUCGAGAUUCAAAGCCACCAGGACUACACUGAAGCUAUCAACACCCUUCUCAAUCUCGCAGAGACUUACACCGGCCACGGCAAGAACAUCACUUCCCAGGGUGCCGGCGGUCUCAAAGAUGCCCGCCAGGACACCAACCUGCAGAAGGCCGAGCACCACCUCAAGGUUCUCCUUGAGCGUUUCGCCAACAACACAAGUACCGACGACCUGAUGGAUGCCAUCAACGACAUCUACCGUGAUGCCGACAAUGAUCCCGAGCUCAAGAACUGGUUCCGUGCGGUCAACCGCUACAUCCGCCGCUGCCUCCAGGAAGAGGGUUACAUCAUGCAGCCUGACUCCACCCGCGAGUACAACCAGCUCUAUGACCAAGGAAACUACUUGCUUCGCAACCGCUACCGCGAUCAUACCGACCGCAUCGUGGACGAGUUCAAGUUCAUGGGUGAUCAGUUCGCUGCCGAUGCCGACAACAACCGAUUUGCCCAGGCGCUUCAGAAGUUGUUCAACGAUCUUGGCAACGACGAGAACGGCAAGCCCACCUUCAAGAAGCACCUCAUCAAAGACGUCACCCAGGUUGUGCUUCCCGACAUCUUCGAGAGCGUUCGCUACGUCCCGGUGCCUCGUAUCGAGUACUCGGAUCCCGCAUUUGACGCUGUCAUCGAGAACUUGGUGCUUGAGAGCGAUAACCUAAUGCCCAACGUCCUUGAGAUCGGCAACGACUCUCACUUCCGCUUCGGACGCAAGACUGAACACAGCAGGCGCUCGCAGAAGGUGAUGGUAUCCGCCUCACAGAUCCAGUGCGAUCUGAGAGAUAUCAGCUACUAUGUCAAGCGUAAGCAGGGCUUCCCGGCUAUCACUGACACUGGUGUCUGCGAUGUCUUCCUUGGUGGCGAGGGCUUCGGCUUCAAGCUUCAGCUCUCUACCGCCGAGAAGCACGAUCGCGCUCGCUUCUUCAAGGUCGAAGACGUCAAGGUCAACAUCAAGCACUUGAACAUCAAGCUCAAGCAGUCGAAGCACAAGGCCUUGUUCGGCAUCUUCAAGCCCCUCCUCCUCAAGGUCUUGAAGCCCGUGAUCGUCAAGCUGUUGGAGAAGCAGAUCCGCCAGACGUUCAGCGACCUCGAUGCUUUCUGCUACCGCAUCUACCAGGAGGAGCAGAAGGUUGAGUCCGAGCUUCGGGCAAAUCCCGACCCCGAGAACGCGCAGAACAUCUACGCCCGCUACUACCAGGCCUUCCAGAAGGAGCUUUUGGCACGCAAGCAGAAGGCGGAGGCCAAGGUUGCCGACAAGCACGCAAAGAUGGCUAUCACCGCAGACGACUCGAUGUUCAAGGACGUCAAGCUCCCCGGCGGCAUCUCUACUCGGGCUACUGAGUACAAGAACCAGGCUGCCCGUGGUGACAGAUGGCAGAACGACAUCUUCGGCAUCGGCUCUGCCAGCCCGACCACUGGCAUUCCCAAGGCUCCUCAGGUCACUCGCAAGUCUCCACACGCGCACCGCCGCGCCGUCAAGGGACCGUCUUCUAGGGACAGCGGUUACGAUGGUGUUACCGGCAACGGGUCCAGCGCUUUCGGAAACACCCACCACAACGCUGCUGCCAGUUCCUACAGCAUUGGAAGCAACCCCCCGGUUAUGCUCAACAACCCCGUUCACUUGAGCAAGGGCGUCAAUGAGACUUACGACCGCUACACCCAGCCUGCUCCUUACCCUGUGUAA